AAAAUAAUGUCGAGCCUCCCGUCGAAGAAAAUUCUUGACGAUCUCUACACUCGAUUUGUUGUGAACGGCCCCGAGGAAGAAAAACAGUCUUUGAAUCGACUCAUGUUUCUUGUAGAGAGUGCUCACUGGUACUACGAAGAUAACGUUGUCGAAAACGACAAAACCCUAAAGUCGCUGUCCUUUGGAGAGUUUACUCGUCUCUUAUUCAACAACUCCGAUGCGUUGAGUCCUCACGUUGGAUACAUGGAUAUGAUAUUUAGAGACUUUUUCUCUUACAAGUCUCGAAUCCCGGUCGCUGGUGCGAUUAUAUUGGACGAGACAUACGAACGUUGCUUGCUGGUGAAGGGAUGGAAACAAUCAUCGAAUUGGAGCUUUCCACGAGGGAAGAAGAAUACGAACGAAGAAGAUGAUGUUUGCGCUAUACGAGAGGUCCUCGAGGAGACAGGGUGUGAUGUAUCGAAGCUGCUUAAUAAAGAAGAAUACAUCGAGAUUACAUUCGAAGGAAAGAAGAGAGUGAGGCUUUACAUUGUCGUUGGCGUGAGAGAUGAUACAGCUUUUGCGCCACUAACGAAGAAGGAGAUCAGUCAAAUCUCAUGGUUUCGGCUUGAUGGGCUUGAAAGUGGAUUCGCUGGUCUCAAGUUGUUUGAGGUUGCACCUUUUCUAGCAUCCUUGAAGUCGUGGAUAUCAAAGCAUCUGUCUCCUCUGAGCAUUGACAAGCCCCUUAAACCACCACUCUGCGUGUGGACUGCAACAAAGAAGACAACGACAACAAUAACAAUAACAACAACGGAAAGAAGAUACAAUGUAAAACCUUGGAGACAGUCUCUAAAGGUCAACAAGUCUGCAAUUUUGCCGGCCUUGGGAAUUUGUUCUUGA